AACGAACAACAACCUGAGAAACCAAAGGGUCUUUCUUGGCCACCGAACACACAAACCAGCGCGCACACCACCUUGGAAGAGACACCCAACUCGCAGCCUCCCCUUCAGUUUCAGGUCAGUUUCAGACCUGAAAUGAAACAAAAUCGCAUGGCCUCCAAACAAGACUCACCCGAUUUCCUUGGCACGCCCAUCCGUCGCCGUCUUUGGGGUUCCAGUUUUCUCUCUCAUUUAAAAUCUCUCCUCCUGCAAACAAGACAGCGCACACGGCUUAGUAAUCUCUCACCUAACCAGCUGCUUUCUUUAGCAUUUCUUAUCGAGUUGCGUUCUUUAGCAUUUCUCUAUUGUUUAUAGAAAGUAGGACAUAACUGCAGUCUUAUCUUAUUUGGAGUUGCCAAAUCUGCACAAGAUGUUUUGCCGCUGAUCUAAUGUAUAAAAAGCAGUGGAGUUUUAGAAAUCUUGCUCUGCAACCACCACCCCUCCGCAGCAGCAUCCCCAACAACUCUCUUUCUUAGAUGGGUGGCAUCUUUACAGUAGCAGCGGCACUAGUUCUGCUUGUGGCUGGCCUCGUGGGGACUGCAAUUGCCAAUGUCGGCGAUGAUUGCUCGACGAGCGCGGAUUGCGGCGCCGGACAGUGGUGCUUCGACUGCGAGCCCGAGCUCUCCGGCUCUCACUGUGUCCGCUCCGUGGGUACAAAUCCCUUCCAGCUUGUUAAUAACUCGUUGCCCUUCAACAAAUACGCCUAUCUCACCACGCACAAUGCUUUCGCGAUCGUUGGGGAGCCAUCGCAUACCGGAAUUCCACGCAUCACCUUCGACAACCAGGAGGAUACAGUCACCGAUCAGCUAAAUAACGGCGUUCGCGCGCUAAUGCUCGAUACGUAUGACUUCAAAGGAGAUGUAUGGCUGUGCCAUUCCAGCGGUGGCAAAUGCAACGAUUUUACCGCAUUUGAGCCGGCACUGGACACAUUCAAUGAAAUCCAGGCAUUUCUUUCAGCCAAUCCAUCUGAAAUCGUCACGCUGAUACUGGAAGACUACGUUAGCGCACCCAAUGGCCUCACAAAUGUGUUCAAGUCCUCAGGCCUGCAGAAGUACUGGUUCCCGGUGUCGAAAAUGCCGUCAAACAGCCAGGAUUGGCCUCUUGUGAGCGACAUGGUGGCAAGCAACCAGCGCCUCCUUGUGUUCACGUCUGUCAGAUCCAAGCAAGCCACGGAAGGAAUCGCGUACCAAUGGAACUUCAUGGUUGAGAACAAUUGUGAGGCACCUCCUUUCCUCCAAACAAAAACUUUGUUUACCAGUUCAUCAUCAAGCGUGUCGUCUGUCUGUAUAUGGAAGUUACAUGUUUCAUUUGUGGCAGAUGGCGACGCCGGGAUGGAUGCUGGGCAAUGCUCAAACCGUGCGGAAUCGGCGCCUCUCGCCGACAAGACCAAGUCACUGGUCCUGAUGAACUACUUCCCGUCUGUCCCUCUGAAGCUGACUGCGUGCUUGCAGCACUCCAAGGGCCUCACAGACAUGGUGAAUACGUGCUACAGUGCCUCCGGGAAUCGAUGGGCUAACUUCCUCGCGGUCGAUUACUACAAGAGGAGCGAGGGAGGGGGCGUGUUCCAAGACAUGGAUCUGCUCAAUGGGAAGCUCUUGUGCGGAUGCCAGGACGUUCAGGCUUGCCCGAAAGGAUCUAGUGUAGUAUGCUCUGCAUGAGUCCUGGAGGAGUAGGAUCUAUAGGAACAAUACAUACAUAGUGGAACAAGUGCUGAUGCAUGGUAUGAUGAUUUGACAUUUAGUCUCGAGACAAGACAUACUUAGAACUCAGAUCACUUGAAACUCAAAGUGAAAGUUGCAAAUGAUGGGCUUCCCACAAAAACAAAAAGGGGGUGAAAAUGAUAGAUGUUACAUUACAACAGGGAACAGGAUUUGUCAACAUGAUAUACUCUCGACUAGCUGGGUACGUGUGCUUCGCCACGCUGUUGAAAAAACUGAAACGAUUAUACGAAAAAACUGAAGCGAUUAGAUGACAAUUCUUUCUGCAUGCAAGCCAAUAUGGAGAACAAAAAAGGAUGAAACCAACCAUACCGUGAGGCUAAGCACCCAACAAUAAUGACAAACAAACCAUCCUCAUACCGUGUCUGAAAGGAGAUAUACAUGCACAAAAAAAAUAAGUGUAAUAUUUUAAAAGGAAUGGCAUUCAAGUAUCACAUCUAAGCAUCUUUUUGAUCAGUGCACUUCAACAGGCUCAAGACAAACUAUAAGCCAUGGUUAUAACAGUAUAAUAAGAAAGGUGUUUCAAAGUCCUAAGAAAUGGCUUUCUUGGCUAUCUUUAGCAGAACUGUGGUACAACACAUCCUAUGAUACAGCUCUGCAAGUUACACCUUUUCAGCCCUUGUAUGGUUUUCCUCCACCUAUAACUGGCCCUGUGGAUCUGUAUGCUUCCGACUUUCUUCAGGCCAAGCAUCAGAUGCUGACUCAACUGAAACAUAACUUGGCUCAAGCACAGGCUGGUAUGAAAAAGUUUGCUGAUAAAAAACGAGUAGAAAUAACACUAGAGGUUGGUGAUCUUGUUUAUCUCAAGAUGCAGCCUUAUCGUUUAGCAGCAUUUGGUUUUCGUGGGGCUCUGAAGUUACAAAGUACGGAGUAAAUAUUAUGGUCCUUUUGCCCUUCUGGCAAAGAUUGGUCCAGUCUUCAGUUACCAGUGGGAGUUAGCAUCCACCCUUUUCUUCAUGUUAGUCAACUGAAGAAACACCUUGGUCCCAAAGCAGUACCUAGUCCAGACUUACCGUUGGUGAAUGCUGAUGGUUCAGUGAAACAAGCUCCUCAAACUGUUUUUCAGGUUCGUCAGAUACGACGUAAUAACUGUGUAGUGGUUCAUUGGCUCGUGCAGUGGCACAAUAUGAUAUCUGACGAAGCUACCUGGGAAUACGUGGAUUUCAUCAAGGAGACUUUCCCGUCGUUCUUUCGACAAACAGUGGAAACAUGGGCUAAUCCGGCACAGGCACAGACUACUUGAGGGCAAGUAGUUUCUUUAGAGGGGGGCAUUGUCAGGUGUCCUAUCUGAAGCUACUGUCAUUCUUCAGUUAUCUCCUGAUGGACGGCUUGGAUGAGUUCCGACAAGUUACUUUUUACUAUUCCUCGUUUGGGUAAUGUCGAACGGUACUGCAGUUAAACUGCUAGCCUAUAAAUGUGGCGAGCUCCGGCUCUGUAAUGUCUUAUCGCUAUUUGCCUUGAGCUGAUUCGUAAACCAAAUUCUAGUAAAAAGAAAAUUCAUAAUCCAAAUACAUAUACAGUGCUAGUGGCUCUGGAAUGAAACCAUAGUUCGAUC